UCGUGUGCACGGGCCAAACAGUCGACACAGUUUUGUGACGUUCUCUCCUCGAAUCGAGAUCUAAGCCGAAGCAGUUGUUUGAAAGCAAGCGUCGCACUUUGCAGCCGUCAUCGUUGUUGUCGUGGUCGGAAUUGUUUUUGCGCUGCUUCUGCUACUAUUGUUGUUGUCGUCGUCGCAGUUGUCGUAGUCGGUUGUGUGUGUGUUUGUGUGGAAUCGCUCAAGCGGGAGUUGGCUGAUACAGAGGCUUCUCUUUGCUGCACGGCAGCCUCCAGCAUUACAUUCGCUUUAUCAACGACAAGGCUUCGACGCUUUUUGUACCGUUUUAAAUAUUAAAUAAGCUCGCUCGCUUAGAACGCGUGCCAGAAACUUUACAGCUCUACGCAGAUCUUCAAAAACAGCCGCAAAAUUUCCAAAACAUCGAAAAUGGUCUUUGAUUGCGGCGUCUGGUGUGCAAAGUAUUUGCUUUGCAUAUUAAAUUUCAUAUUUUUUGUGCUAGGCACAAUUAUAUUCGGCGUUGGACUAUGGCUGGCAGUGGACAAGCACUCGCUGAUUGCUCUGCUCAAGCUGGUCGAGAGCGAGCGCAUUGAGCACUUUACACAGCCUCAGGUCAUAGAGCAACUGGCCUACGCUCUGCUCGUCAUCGGAGCCGUCAUGUUCUUUAUGAGUCUCUUGGGCUACUUGGGCGCCAUGCGUGAAUCUCGCUGUCUGCUCUCCACGUACGGCACAUUCCUCAUCUUGCUGCUGGUCGCCGAGAUUGUUGCCGGCGGUUUGGCCGCCUUCUACAAGGAACAGGUGCGCAACGAGAGCAAAAAAUUCUUGCAGACCACGAUUACCAGCUACACGGUGGGCGAGAAUCAGGAUGCCACCUCGUUGAUGUGGAAUCAGCUGAUGGGCAACUUUGGUUGCUGCGGCAUCACUGAUUACAACGAUUUUGACAACUCGCAGGCGUGGAAGAAUACAAAGGGCAAUCGCACCAUUCCCGAUGCCUGUUGCAUCUUGAAGGAUGUGGCCAAGUUGGUGCCACGCGACGAGGACUGCACGACCAAUCCCAGCGAAAGCAACAGCUUCUACAAGAAGGGCUGCUAUGAGGUGUUCACCGAGUGGUUGAUUCGACAGCGCGAACUCAUCAUUGGCGUCAUUGUGACUGGCAUUGUGCAUUUGGUUCUCGUCAUUCUUGCGUUUGCGUUGUGCAAAGCCUUUGCCAAAUAUGACGAUAUGCGUCUGUAAAUUGCUCGGUACAAGUUUUUCUAGAGGACAUGCUAAUUUAUAAUAGGCAAAACAAUGUUACAGUGAAGCUCCCCCAAAAAAACAUAACAAACAAAAUAAGAACUUAACGAACUACCGAACCCUACCGAACAUUUGAGAUCUGCUCAAGCAAAAGGAAACUGCAUUUCUCGCAUGACAACAAAAGAAAACAAAAGCAAACAAAAAACAUACAUACAGCAAUCACAUUAGAAACAGUUCUACUCUAAUCUCAUAAAAAAACAGAUAAUAAUGGAAAAUACUGCAGAAAAUAUUUAAUCACACAAUGAAGAUGAAAAUGAAAAUGUUGCUCAAAAUUGCCGCCAGAAAAGACAAAAUUAAGGAAAACAAAUACAUCAACAACAACAAACAGCAUCAUGAAGAAGAAAGCAAGCAAAAGUUUUUAAUGGAAAAUGCUACGCAUAUUUAUUUGUGAAAUGAAGAAAAUCUGUUUUGAUAGCAGUUUUUAGUUCUUAAGUAGUAUUCUACUAUAUAUACAAGCAUACUUAUAUAGUAUAUACACAUACCACAUAACAUAACAUACAUACAUACAAUACAUACAUUCAUAAUACGAGUAAUUUACGAUUAACUCACAUUUUGUAGUCCUACUCAUUUCGUUUCACUUUAUCGAAUCGAGAAAUUCCACUCAAAUACAUCACAAGAUAAAAGAAAAGGAAUAACGAAAUCAAUUUAAAUUUUGAAAUUUAUAGUUAAGCUAUAAAACGUUGUAACUGCAAAUUAGAAAAGAUACGCAAGUUUUGAAUUAUUGAAAGUGUGUACUAUGUGUACUAGUUCGUAAGUCUUCUACGUUUAAGUUGUAAUUUUAGUUGUUUUUGCUAUUGCUAUAUUCAAGUUUUUAACUACGUAUUGAGAGAGGACGCGUCGUGAAUCGAAUCGAAUCGUUAAACGAGCAUCGUGUUUAUCCUUUUUGUUAAAAAUGAAUGUUGUACAUUUUUUGAAUUCUAUAUAUAUGUAUGUGUAUGCAGAUUUACAAAUACAUACAUCGUAUACAUAUAUACAUAUUAAUAUAAAUAUCUAUUAUUAAUGCAUAUUAUAAACACGUACUCGUAUGUCUGUAGUUUACUUAAUGUACUUUUGAAGCAAACUAAAAACCCCCAAAAAACAUAAUUAAAUAAAAAAGAACGAAAACAAGAAUCCCCCAUAAAAACAUUAAUAAAAAC